CAGGGUCACACAGACACUGUUUGCUCCCUUUCGUUUUCGCCCAAAGAUUACAUCGUUGUCUCUGGAUCAGAUGAUAAGAGCGCGAUUGUCUGGGACGUUCGCAGCGGUCACGGACGACUACGUCUCGAAGGACACGGUGGACAAGUUAACGCGGUCGUAUAUGCUCCUCAUGGCGAGCUCAUCGCCACCGGUUCCCGCGACGACAAUCCCGUGAAGAUCUGGGAUGCCUCGACAGGGGCGUGCCAUACAAGCCCGAUCAAUUCCCUGUCGUUCUCCCCCAACGGUCGCAACCUUGUCUCAGGAUCCGUCGACACGAGCGCGAUUAUCUGGGACGUCCGGAGCGGCCGUGUGCUGCAACGCCUGGAAGCACACAGCAAUUCGGUGGUCGAAGUCGCAUAUGCUCCUAACGGCGUACUUGUCGCCACCGCCUCUGACCAUGACGCAUCCGUGAAAAUUUGGGAUGCUUCGACCGGGACAUGUCUGCAGUCCCUCAAUGGUAGCUCUCUAUCGUUUUCUCCCAAUAGCCAGACCCUUCUCUCAGGAUCCGGCAAUACGAGCACAAUCAUCUGGGAUGUUCGAGAUGGCCAUAUACUUCUGCGUUUGGAAGGACACACUGAGCCGGUCACCACAGUUGCAUAUGCUCCCCGCGGCUUACUCAUCGUCACCGCUUCCAAGUGCGACAGGUCCAUGAAAAUUUGGGACGCUUUGACUGGGGCAUGUAUGCAGUCCGUC